AGACCCGCGGUGGUUCCAGUGGGGAAGGGAGAGGGUGUUUGGGCGAGAGGAGCCUUUGAAGCUUUUCUCGUGUCCACCUCCCCUGCCCAUAAACCAUUAGGCUCCGGUGCCAGCUCUACUGGCGGCCCCGCCGAGCCUCGCAGAGCCCCCGCCCGGGGCACGGGGCUGGGGCCGUGCCGUGGGGCCCUUCGGGAGGCGCUUUUGGGGAGGGGGCAGCUCCUUUCCGAGCCGCCUGUGCAUUACAAAGGCAGCGGGGCCAGCGCGGCGCUUUGAUGUGCCCCGCCGGCUCCCGCACACCUGCGGGGCUCCGGGCACCGCCGGACCGGGCGCGCAUCAAAGGCCGAGCGGAGCCGGGGGCGGCCCGGGGGCUCGGGCAGGGCGAGAACAGCCCCGCCGUCUGUUGGCUCCCCCCGGGCCGCACCGGGAGGCUCCGGCAGCGCGGCCCCUGCCCCGGGGCCGGGGGCGGGCGGGAGGCUGGGCCGCGCCGGAGCCCCCGGGAGGCGGCGGCCGGGGGAGGGUCCUGCGGGGUGGGAGGGGGCGGCAGCCGGGCUGAGCUCGCCGCGCCCCCGCCGCACGCAGGCCCCGCUCCAGGGCUUCUUCUUCUUCUUCUCCUCCUCGGUGCUUCUCCGCAGGGCGCCCCGUCCCGGCGGCCGGCUCCGCGGGGGCUGCCCCCGCAGCCCACCAUGACCGGGCCGAGGCUGGCCCUCGCCGCCGCGCUCCUCUGCAGCUGCACCUCGCCGGUGGCCGACGCCAACUCCUGGUGGUCCUUGGCCAUGAACCCCAUCCAGAGGCCUGAGAUGUACAUCAUCGGCGCCCAGCCGGUGUGCAGCCAGCUGCCGGGGCUGUCCCCCGGGCAGCGCAAGCUCUGCCAGCUCUACCAGGAGCACAUGGUGUUCAUCGGGGAAGGGGCCCGCAGCGCCAUCAAGGAGUGCCAGUACCAGUUUCGGCAGCGCCGGUGGAACUGCAGCACGGUGGACAACACUUCCGUCUUUGGGAGGGUGAUGAAAAUAGGCAGCCGUGAGACGGCGUUCACGUACGCGGUGAGCGCGGCCGGCGUGGUGAACGCCAUCAGCCGCGCGUGCCGCGAGGGCGAGCUGUCCUCGUGCGGCUGCAGCCGCGCCGCGCGCCCCAAGGACCUGCCCCGGGACUGGCUGUGGGGCGGCUGCGGGGACAACGUGGAGUACGGGUACCGCUUCGCCAAGGAGUUCGUGGACGCCAAGGAGAGGGAGAAGAACUACGUGAGGGGCUCCGAGGAGCAGGCGCGCAUGCUGAUGAACCUGCAGAACAACGAGGCUGGCCGCAGGGCCGUGUACAAGCUGGCAGACGUGGCCUGCAAGUGCCACGGCGUGUCGGGCUCGUGCAGCCUCAAGACCUGCUGGCUGCAGCUGGCCGACUUCCGCAAGGUGGGCGACCUGCUGAAGGAGAAGUACGACAGCGCCGCCGCCAUGAGGAUCAGCCGCAAGGGCAAGCUGGAGCUGGUCAACAACCGCUUCAACAUGCCCACCCAGGAGGACCUGGUGUACGUGGACCCCAGCCCGGACUACUGCCUCCGCAACGAGACCACGGGCUCGCUGGGCACGCAGGGCCGGCUCUGCAACAAGACCUCGGAGGGCAUGGACGGCUGCGAGCUCAUGUGCUGCGGCCGGGGCUACGACCAGUUCAAGAGCGUGCAGGUGGAGCGCUGCCACUGCAAGUUCCACUGGUGCUGCUACGUCAAGUGUAAAAAGUGCACAGAGAUCGUCGACCAGUACGUCUGUAAAUGAAUGGAGCCGCCAAAGCAACAAAUCUAUAUUAUAUAAAUCUAUAUAAAUAUAUUUUAUAUUUGUAUAAAUAAACAGAUGGUGAUAAUAAUUAAAGAAGCUUAUUUAAGAGA